AGAGUCUUUACAGCGGGACAGUCGGGGUCAAUAAGAGGCUGCGAUGUAGCAAAUGUUCUCCUUCACGUUGGGGGGAUUAGAGAUUAUUUCUAGAGCAGUGGUGUCGUUUUGUCCGCGGGUUCGCCUUGUAGACCCGUCGGAGUCGAGCGAAGCGAAUUACACGACAAUGGAGAGCUGCUCUUAAACGCCACGGCGCGUUUCACCUACCAGACAGGGGGAGCGCAAGGCGAGAGAUGGAAAUGUCUUGCGAUGCCGGGUGACUGGUAUCAAUGAACGCGUUGAUACAUAGAAAAAAAAAGCUAAUCAAAUAAAGGGCGAUUAAAAUAAUUCUGCGUGAAGCGUGCGGAGCUGUGAGAUAGGGAUCCCGGAGGCGGACGCUCCUAACAGGUCCGGAGCGCACUUUUCUCCCCCUCUUUUCGGCUCAGCAGAAGCGAUCGCAGGUCAAUCAUGUGGGCCGCGCUUCAACAUUUAGACAAGACGAGCUUCACGCAGCGCACGACUUUCUUUCAUAUAUAAAGACUCGACAUUUGGGAAACCUCCUCUGACGACCUUCUACAUCUCUUGCUAUCUCACAGAGUAAAGACACAUCCCUCUGGUCAUCACAAAGUGCUGUACACACUCGGUGGCGUGGGGGGGAGCCACGGUGUCUUCAUCCUGACAGGCCCCAGACCAGUAUGCAGUUAGAGUGACCAGGAUGGAAGACUCGAGUUUGUGCCUUGGUGUGUCCUCAGCGGUCCCGGAUGCUGACACCCAUAUCACCAGUGCCAUGCUUAAUGGCCGCUACCCAAUCAGUCAGAAGCUGCAUCAGCUGACUGCCCAACUUGGCCACGCCUUUUCUGACCUUCCAAGCCGCCAACAAAUCACAGAGGAAAAAGCCGCCACCCCAUUGGAUGAGAAAACACAUGCUGCACUGGCAAGUCAGCCGAUUAGCAGCCAGAUGGCUCUGCUAGCCAAUCAGCUGAACCGUAACAUGGAUGCAGGUGCCCUAGGAGGCCUCAAUGGCCGUGUCGACCUGCAGCAGUUCCUCAAUGGGCAAAAUUUGGGAAUCAUGUCUCAGAUGAAUGACAUAGAAGAUGAUGCCCGCAAGAAUCGCAAGUAUCCAUGCCCACUGUGUGGAAAACGAUUCCGCUUCAACAGCAUCCUUUCCUUGCAUAUGCGCACCCACACUGGUGAGAAGCCCUUCAAGUGUCCCUACUGUGAUCACCGAGCAGCCCAGAAGGGCAACCUCAAGAUUCAUCUCCGUACCCACAAGUUGGGUAGUCUGGGGAAGGGUCGUGGUCGCGUACGUGAAGAAAACCGGCUUCUUCAUGAGCUGGAGGAGCGUGCCAUCCUACGUGAUAAGCAAAUGAGAAACAGCUUGCUGCAGCCUUCACAAUCGCUUCCACCCCACCUAGGUCUGCAGAACCAAAACCAGCAACAACCCAGCUCUGCGUGUGGCCUCCUAACACCCACAAGUCUGGGAGGCACAUCAGAUGGACUCGCACAACCCUCUGCCUCACCUAAGCCAGCAGGCACUAACCAACAAGAUGAGCAGGCACUUAACCCAGCCAUAGGCUUCCGCUGUACCUUUUGCAAAGGCAAGUUCAAAAAGCGUGAGGAGCUGGAGCGUCAUAUCCGCAUCCUUCAUAAACCCUACAAGUGCACUCUCUGUGAGUUUGCUGCUUCCCAGGAAGAAGACCUCAUCAGUCACGUAGAGAAGGCACACAUCACUGCUGAGUCAUGCCAAGGGCAGGGCACAGGAACUGGCAGUGGAGAGAAGCCUGCCAGCGAGUUUCGAUGUGAUGUCUGUGGCCAGAUCUUCAGCCAGGCUUGGUUCCUGAAGGGUCACAUGCGCAAGCACAAGGACUCCUUUGAGCACUGUUGUCAGAUCUGUGGGCGUCGCUUCAAGGAGCCCUGGUUCCUGAAAAAUCAUAUGAAGGUGCAUCUCAACAAGCUUGCCAUUAAGAGUAAGCCUCCGAUUGGAGGCGGAGCUGAGCAAGAUGGGCCCUCUGUCAACAGUAUAAGCAGCUUAGCACAAGAAGCCCAUGCCAACCUGUACUCACGUUACAUCUCCUGUUUGCAAGGUGGUUUCCUCAGUCCUGAAAAGCAGAGCCUGGCUGAACAACAACACCAAAUGUUGGCCAAGGCUGGCAUAGCUAUGAAAGAGAAAGAAAUGUUGGGGAAGCUGCUGGGACCAAUGGCCGGCAUGAGUCAUGGUCUGGGGGAGAAUGAGAAGCGCUCACUCUUAGGUUGCUUGAACCUGGUACCUCCCCUAAAGUCAAGUUGUAUGGAGCGCUUACAGGCAGCAGCAAAGGUGGCAGAAAUGGAUCCACUUAAUAGUUACCAGGCCUGGCAGAUCAUGGCACGCAGCAUGGCUAUGGAGCGUUCUUUCAUGCCAAAAGAUCAUCACCAUGGAGCUCAUGUGCAAGAAGAAGAAAUGGCUAGUGCCACUGGGAUAGUGCCCUUUGGAAAAGACAAGCAUGAGCACUCUACUCUUGAUUCCAGUGAUGGCACCAAGCAGAAGAACCACCAUGAUGCCCUUCAUGGGGUAAGGACUGGUGGAAGCAUAAUGUCUAUGAAGGAAGAAGCUGGGAGCUUUGAUGGUCACCGUGAGUUCCUGCCUCACCACGGUGGCCUGGGCCUUGGCCAGGGGCUUGAGUACAGCCUGGCCAGCAUGAAAGAUAAGCCCACUGAGUGUCCUGACUGUGGUCGAGUAUUCAGAACCUAUCACCAGAUGGUGGUCCACUCUCGGGUGCAUAGCAAGGACCGGCGCCCGGAAGAGGGUCUGCAGCAUGGCCUAGAUGAGAGGCGUGGCUCCGCCAGUGACCCUGAGUCUCAGUCCAUCAGCCGUUCCACCACCCCAGGCUCGUCCAAUGUGACAGAGGAAAGUGGGGCAGGAGGAGGCCACUCCCAGACAGGAAGUGUGCAGGAUGACAGCCCCCAUCCUUCUUCCCCCUCCUCAGAUGUUGGGGAUGAGAUGGCGAAAGCACCAGGAGCAGUUCCUCCUCCAGUUACCCAGCACCGAGAGAGGAGUGUGGGAUCCGCCAUGAAAGACUGCCCUUACUGUGGCAAGUCCUUCCGCACCUCCCAUCACCUGAAAGUCCACCUGAGAAUACAUACCGGUGAGAAGCCCUACAGAUGCCCUCAUUGUGAUUAUGCUGGCACUCAGUCUGCUUCCCUGAAGUACCACCUUGAGCGUCACCACCGUGAGCGUCAGAAUGGCAAUGCCUCCUCUGCCAACCACCCUCCAUCUUCUGAUCACAAAGAUGACCACAGCAAGACCAACAGCAGCAGUGGCAUCUUUGCACGGCCUGAUGUUCUGCGUGGGGUCUUCAAAGGGAUGAUGCCCUCCAGCCUUGAUUUUAGAGGAGGGCAGAUGCUUACACAGUGGGCCACUCCUGCUAUGCUCUCUCCCAGAGAGCGAGAUCGUGAGAGAGAGCGAGACCGCCAUGGACUUGGGGCAGAGCCUAGCUCUGAGAGCAUGAAGCCUGAAGUUCCAACCACUGGAGGGGAAAGCCCAGCCAGUUUUUCAGACCUGGGACGGGCUUAUCAGAGUAUGAUGGGGAAUGGGGUCAACUUUCAGGGCUCUCUCCAGGCCUUCAUGGAUAGCUUUGUGCCGAAUUCCAUGAAGAAGGAGAAGGAAAUGCGAGAGAACCAGCUACAUGGUCAGCACUUUGGCCUGGAGGGCACAGAGCACAAGAUCAAGAGGGCAACCGAUGCCAGUCAGGAAGAGAACCCUUCUGAGGCCAAGCCAACUGAGGGCAUCCGCUCCCAAUAUGAACCUCUGGACCUGUCAGUCAGGCCUGAUGCAGGAACCCUACCUGGGGCAUCAAUCACCAUCCAGGACAAUGUGGCCUGGCAUGGGUGUCUAUUCUGUUCCUUUACCACUGCCUCGGUGGAGUUGAUGGCUCUUCAUCUGCAAGCCAACCACUUGGGUAAAACCAAAUCAAGCCAAGGAAAAGAAGUUAAAGAACACCUAAUGGGUGAAUCUUCCCACACUGGCAGCUCUGGUCUGGGACCUCCUCCAGGCCUUCUCCACCUGCACGAGGGUCUUAAAGAGCGAGAAGUUGAAUCUGGAGACUUGAAGAACCAAGUUGGUUGGUCCAACCACCUGGAGCCGAACCCACAUGGUGCUUCUAUGGGAGCAUUCUCAAGCGACUUUUACAAGCCCUUUAGUCCCAUGUAUGAUAGCUCCUCCAGGGGUCCUGCUGGGUUCUUGGACCAGCAGGAAAAUCCAGCCGGUCAAGUCGGUGGUCAGGAUGAGCUGUCUGACAAGGCAUCCUGUGUUGAAAUGGAGGCAUGUGAGGAGCGGGAAGGUCAGUCAGAAGAUGAUGAAGCAGGUCAUGAAGAAAAUUCAUCUAAUCCUGCUUCUGCUGAGCACCAGGUGCGCUCUGAUGAUGAAGAUCCAGACGGAGAGGAGGAGGAAGAUAUGGAGGUGAGAGACAUGGAAGACGAAGACCAUGGGACCAUUAGAAUGCAUCCUGAUUCCCCCUUGUCUAGGAAGGAUGCUCAGAGAGCAAAGAUAGCUAUGGGUGCCCAGGGACGUGGUCCAUCUCCACCCCAGCCACCCACUCUAGAGAAGCAGUGGCAGCAGCAUCAGCAGUCGGGUCUUGGUCUCAUUUCUUCAGCCAAUGGUCCCCCAGGUCUGCUGAAGCCUGAGCAGGCUCACCUGGAGCACCAGAUGAACAUGAUGUCAGUCCUACGGGCCUACAGUUCUGAAAGCCUAGCAGCAUUCAAUGGAGGCCUGUCCAGCAGCUCCAAUGGAGGAGGUGGUGGAAGCAGCUCCAGCAUGAAGAGAAGCGACCCCUCUGGUCAGAGGCCGUUCCAGUGUCAGUACUGCCCAUACAGCGCCUCACAGAAGGGUAACCUAAAGACGCACGUCUUGUGUGUCCACCGCAUGCCCUUUGACAACAGCCAGUAUCCAGAUCGACGCUUCAAGCGCUCGCGGAUCGAAUCUGAUGCAACUGGCAGCCCUGAGGACGGAAACCCUCCCCUGUCUGGCCAGGGGGGAACAGGAGAAGGAUUCGCUUUUGUGAGUGACACGGCCCAAACUUCAUCCAGGGAUUCCGAGAAGCUGUAGGGCCUCGUAAGCGUCAUCAAUACCCAGCGAGUAGCAUCAGUUGGUGAACAGUUGUUUCUUUAUCACAAUGGAGAAAAAAAAGAGCAGAAACGUGGACUGCAACAAAUCCAGUGACUAAACCUGAUUUCAGCCGCAGCAGACUUUGUUGUGAUCAGGUGUGCGAUGAAUAUGAAGCAUGCUCGUAAAAGAGUGAACAGGCAGUCUUACCAAGAUUAUAAAUCAUAUAAAUCAUUGCCUGAUCAGUGUGAAACACAAUCUGUAGCAUUACUGUAGUUACCUGGAAUGAUAUUACAAAGGAUUAGUUCAGAAGAAGAAGAAGAAGAAGAAGAAGAAGAAAAAAAAGGACAGUCACUGAAUCCAGUCACUUAAAAUGACUUUUGUCCCAAAAAUAAUGCUUUUAUCAGAAAAAUGAUCCGCGUGAACGAUUUGGUGAUAGUCAAAGAAGGAGGAGAGAUGGAAGAGGGCUGCUGCACACACCCUUCAUGAACAUGACACCACCGGUGGCCAUUUGCCCAGCGCCACUGACGAGGGCGGAUGGAGGCAGUGGACGGAAAGAGCAGGGGGGGGGUGGAUGGGGAGAUGAGGGGAGGAGAUGACGGGAGGUGGGGGCCUUGGUGCCAGUCUGACUGGAGCUGUCAUUGCAGAGGAAAUCAAUUCACCUCCUCCACCAUUGCCCCAACACACACACACACACAUACAUACUGUACUCGUCAUUUAGGGUCAGCCCCCAGAACUGCCCAGCAACCCUCCCUGCUCCCUGUCCUCCCUCCCUCCCAACCUCCCUCCCUCGCACAAAAAUCAAGAUGACCACCAACAGGAGGGGAAAAAAAAAAAAAUCAAUGAAAUGUAUUUACAGGCCCCAUUAGAGUCAGAGGUGUGUUAUUUGUGCAGUUACAGUGUGUCAUUUGUUCAAGUAUCACAUUUGAGGUGAGGGCGAAUUUGUCGAAUGUGCUUUUCUUAACUUUAUCCUUUGUUAGAUGAUGAAACGUGUCGGUUUAAUCAGCUGCACUACAGAAGCCAUGAUGUGCAUAUCUAAAGUGAAGCAGCCUUCACCCAGCACUCUCUCUGUGUAGCUUUAGCCAGAAGUUGAAUGUCGUUUGAAUUUAUUAUUUUUCUUUAAUCCCAUAUUUCAAGUGAGACUUAGAAAUCUGAUGAAGGAGUAAUCACACUCUAAAACCUCUGAAGACUUCCUAGCUUGUGAAGCAGUAUGGAAGAAGUGAUAAUGUAGAUAUGAUGUGUAUAGAUAAUGAUAUCUCCCCGUUUAAGUGAUUGCGCGAACCCCUUUUUCUCUGACAAAAAAAAAAAAAGAAAGUGUUUUGUAUAUUUUAGAUGAUCAAAUUCUGUUUCUUCCUCGAACCAAACCCAUUUUCUUCCUACUUUUGGUGCUUUUUCUGUUUUGAAUGUUCUUCUAUGAAAAAAGAAGAAGAAGAAAAACAAGAUUAAUGACACAUGGACAAAAUCAAGCCUCGUAGAAAGUAAAAUAAAAUGGAUCAACUUUCAUCCUACUUCCUUUUGUUAAAGCCAAGCAGGGGUAAGGAGGUAAAUAGAACGUGGGGCUUUUUUUUUUAUUGCCUGGGUUACAAACUGGAGGGAUGGAGGGGAGGGAUAUUAAUGUUUUGUGAUAAAGAGAAAUGAUCCCGACUUUAAGAAAGUCGAUAUCUUCCCGCUCUACGAGGGAACUCUCGACACUUAAACCCCUGGGCCUUAAGGCUGCCUCACAUCUGCCGAAAGGAGUUUACUAAAGUCGCAAAUACCCAACACACUCUGCGCUAAUCAGCAGACAAAACUGAAACCCAGACCAGGCGCCAGAGGAGCUUCAUCUCUGGCUAAGAUGGAGAAAAAAGAGAGAGAGAGGGAGAGAAAGAGGGACAGUAAAGAAAAAGAAGAGUAAGCAUUUCUGUAAUGACGGAGUAGAGAUUGAGUGAAUCUAUCUGUAACUGUUCCCUGCAGAGAUUCUCUAAUUAACAUCUUUUGGCCAUUAAGGAAAAACAUACUUUUUUUUAAAUAAAAUAUUUCUUUUCUGUUUCUAGGAUAGUUCUCACUGCCUUACUUAUAUCAAGUUGAUCAAUUAAAAGCGACUGUUUAUAUAAGCUCUAUCCAGGGCAAUGUGUUUUACAUAAAAUAAAUACUUUAUCAACAUAGUGAGCUUUAGAAGUUUUAGUGCACUACUGUUGUUUUUUUUGUUCUUUCUUUGGCGAUCGUGUCAGUCGCUUGUCCUCUCUCUCUCUCUCUCUCUCUCUCUCUCUGUCUCUCUCUCUCUCCCUCUUCUUUUCAUGGUGCAUGUGUGUUUGUGUUUACAUGUGUACACUUGCCAUAUAUUGCAGUACAUAAAAUUUUAGAAAAGCAGGAAAAAAAAUAGAAGAAACAUAGAAAAACAUUAAAAAGACACCCCCCCCCCCCUUUUUUUCUGCUUUGUGUCUUUUGGAUUUUCAUGGUCAAGCUUAGAGACAGGCAAUAAUAUUGUUUGUGACACUGGAAGCUCAUUUUCUCUGUAUAGUGUUUGUCCACUCUGUAUAGUCAGGUGCUAACUUUUCCCCUCUCCCCUCAAACAUAUGUUCUUUCUUUCCUAUCUUCCCUGAGACUAUAUAACUGGUUUUCAGCAAGUCACCAACACAGCCACGUGCAUAUUUAAAAAAUAAAAUAAAAAAAUAACAAUGUGCUUCUUGGGACAUCAUUUUCUUUUCUCUCUAGUAUAUGCUCCUGGUCAUUAUUCUGUCCAACAUUCCUGAAUGGAGAAUAUUUCUAUAUCCAAGGAGGACAUGAAGAGUGUAGAGGAUUUUGUUGCUGUUAUAUACUCAUAACACGUAGAUGAGUUCGUAUUUAAGGAUUACUCUCGGUUAUUAUUUAUUAUCAUGGAUCCGAACGGAGAAGAAGCAAGCUACGAUGAAGUAUCGGGUUUUCAUUUCAGCUACGACUGUUUUCUGUCUGCUGUUCUUUAGCGGUUCUAAUGUCUUUGAAGCAGUAUAGUUUUAUCCAGUGUUUUACGCAAUAAAACC